AUGACUACCUUGAACGGGGCGUUCAACUCGGCCCCUGACACACCUUCUGCUAUCUAUCCCGAUCGUCUGAUCCGUCCCCUCCCUAAGCGGACUCUUCGUUCUCGUCUCUCGUCCGAUGCCGCCGACACGAUAUUCUACCCGCCUACACCGCCGGCGUCUCAAAUAUUCUAUGGUGUUUCGGAGGAAGAGGCAGUGAACGAGUCUAAAGUGUAUGUGCAGCAGACUGUGGAAGGCCAUGAGCUUUCUCCAGAAAUCGAUCAUACAUUGGAGACGGCCGUAGAAAUUGAGAGCGGUGACGAAGAUGGUCCGGUAGUCGUUCGCCGCAGUGCUGGUUUUCGUUCGUCCUCACCUUCCUCUUCACACCACGAGGGCCCUCCCAAGUCUUCAGGCCCCGACGGUUACGACGCGUUUGAAAAUACAAACAACAAAAAGAAACGGAAGAUCCCCACGCCGGGCAAUUUGGGGCAUUCUGCUUUGUCUCCAGAAUUCGCCAACAUGGGGUUGACGAGUUCAACCUCCGCACCUCCUCCUCCCGAAGCUCCUACUGGUACAUAUUAUGGCACUGGAAACCCUGCAUCUCCGCUGGCUGGGAUAUCUGGUUCAGGACGAGGUCGGUUAAGUCGGAGCACUGUUCGCACUGGCAACAGUAGGGGCCCGUUGUCGGCUAAUGCUCAGAAUGGUUGGAUGACAGCUCGAACUCCAAGACGCGAUGGCUUGAUGUCGUCCCCCGGUCCAACUGGAGAAUCACCAUCAGACCAGGGAAUAAUUUCUACCGCUAUUGCCAAUGCCGCGACACUAUCCUCCCCGCCUCAAGGCCCAAGCAAUCUCAGCUUGCUGGACCAGGAAAACACCACCCCCACCAAGACACAGUUCACGUUCACCUGCGAGUCCGAUUCUUCAAAGGGCAUGGCUAUGCAGCGGAAAUACUCAAUCCCCCAUCGAUCCCCGACUUCGCCUCUUGGCCCCGCGAGUCAUAACGCGCGUGGUUUCUCUACACAAGGUACGCAGACCAGUCCGAGCAUGGCUGCAUCGAUGAAUGGUCCACCUGGCACACAACCACCCGCACAGGGUGCGGAGCAACACCCUGCAGGACCAAAGAAAAAGCGCUCUCCGGGUAGCAUCUACGCAUUGUCUGCUCGCCAGCGCAAGAUCCAACAACAAUACACGAAUUUGCAUCACCCCCCUAGUCUGGAGGACAUUUGGAUUUGUGAAUUCUGUGAAUAUGAAAGCAUUUUUGGCCGGCCACCUGAGGCUUUGAUCCGACAAUAUGAGAUGAAAGACCGCAAAGAGCGAAAGCGACUGGCAGAGAAAAAGCGACUUCUUGAAAAGGCCAAGAUGAAGGGCCGCAAGACGAAGAAGGCGACCAAGAACGCCUCCAAGAAUUCCUCUCACCCCUACCAGCAAGGAUUCGACCGCGCUUCCGUGGACCACUCUUCCGCCACGGGCUCAGGUCUUCACGAUGAUGAAUACUUAGGACAUGAGUACGAUGACGAACAAUCUUCAAUACCGGCUUCGGCCCCUGCAUCCCCCACCGACCUCAAACCCCCAUUACCGCCAGGCAAUUAUCCAAAGAUAAAUGCGUCAGCCCCGGGCAUCAAAGGUGCUGCCGAUUCAGGAGCUAGUCGGCCGGCAUGA